UAAUCCUUAAUCAUUCUGUGAUCAAUUGUAUUUUUUAACCCCUGCAAUAAUUGUAUUUGAUAAGGGGUUUGUAUCGUGCACAAUCGUUAUAUUCGUGUAAAUUCGACCGGCUUUCUUUCGAUGUAUGUAUACUUAUAAUGUGCAUAUAUAUCUAUAUAUGUAUGUAAGGUGGUUGUAACUCCCCUCUUAAAUAAUUCAUCAAAAAAUAUAAUUUUUUUAGUUUAAUAAUCAAAAAUAAAAUAUUCAAAAAAAAUUUUAUAAAAUACUAAUCAUACAGUGUUCAAAGUUCUCAGUUGUGUGGUCUAUUUAAGACGUGAAAAAUUCAAAAUAAUUUUCUUUUUCAACCGGGGUGCUUCAGUAAAUAAUUCAAAAUUUCGAACUCUAAAUAUCAUUAUAAUAUGGCAGGAAUGGCCAAGCCUGUUCUUUACUCCUAUUGGAGAAGUUCGUGUUCUUGGAGAGUUAGAAUUGCUUUAAACUUAAAAGAAAUCCCGUAUGACAUCAAACCUGUCUCGUUAAUCAAAGGCGGUGGUGAGCAGCAUUGUAACGAAUAUCGUGAGGUAAAUCCUAUGGAACAAGUACCAGCGUUACAUAUUGAUGGACAUACAUUAAUUGAAUCAUUAAAUAUCAUGCAUUAUUUGGAAGAAACACGUCCACAACGUCCAUUAAUGCCACACGAUGUAGUAAAACGUGCAAAAGUCCGUGAAAUUUGUGAAGUAAUUGCGUCUGGUAUACAACCAUUACAAAAUUUAUUGGUGUUAAUUUAUGUGGGUGAAGAGAAGAAAAAAGAAUGGGCACAACAUUGGAUUACACGUGGUUUCCGUGCUGUGGAACGUUUAUUGAGUGCAACAGCUGGAAAAUAUUGUGUAGGAGAUGAAUUAUCGUUGGCUGAUUGUUGUUUAAUACCACAAGUAUUUAAUGCACGGAGGUAUCAUGUGGAUUUACGACCAUUCCCAAUAAUAUUACGUAUUGAUCGUGAACUGGAAAAUCAUCCAGCAUUCCGUGCAGCUCAUCCUAGUAGUCAACCAGAUUGCCCUCCUGAAGCUACUAAAUAAGAAUAUUUUACAAAAUAUAAAACGUACAUAUUUAUUUAUGUUCGUUUAAUUUUAUGCUGUUGUGCUUUAUUGCUGCAACAAUUUAAAAAUCAGAUUGUUUGUAAAAUCCAGAUAUUAUUAUUUUCUAAUGAAAUUUUAGAUAUUAAGCGAUACUUUAUUAAAAAAAAAAAGAAGUAAAAAAAACAACAAAUCCCAGAAACAGUUCAAACAGAAAUUCAUUUAUAUUAAAACAGUCAAUAUCGGGGCAACUUCCUCUACGUAUGCGUAAACCCUUUUACAUUUAAUAUAUAAAACACGCAGUACUUUCAAAAGAUUAAUUA